AUGGCUUCCCCACACACAACUGAACCAUGUCCUGAGCAAACUAUUUCUGUAGCCAAUGAAACCUAUCAAGGGAUGGAACUUGUGCAACGAGGUCAAUGGAUUCGAGCAGCCAUUCUAGGAGCUAACGAUGGGUUGCUUUCGACCACAUCCCUAAUGCUUGGUAUAGGUGCAGCAAAUGAUGAUAAAUGGUCCAUGAUCCUCUCUGGACUAGCUGGAGCCAUUGCAGGUGCCUGUAGCAUGGCUGUUGGCGAGUUUGUUUCCGUUUCAACCCAAAGAGAUAUUGAGCAGGCUUCAAAAACUGACACAGGCAUGCAAAAUGAUGAUGAUGAUCAUGACAAGGAAAACACACUGCCCAACCCGUGUAAGGCGGCUUCAGCUUCGGCUUUGUCAUUUCUAUGCGGGGCAGUUGUUCCUCUGGCAUCUGCUGCUUUUAUUGAACAACAUCUUAUCCGGAUUGUGGUGAUUGCAGUGGUUUCAUCUAUAGCUCUUGCGGUCUUCGGUUGCUUUGGAGCUUGUCUUGGGGGUUCCCCAGUUAGGAUAUCAGCAGCCAGAGUUCUUUUUGGAGGGUGGGUUGCCAUGGCCAUUACUUACGGUUUACUUAAGCCCUUCGAUAGAUACCACCAUGGCAGCGACACUGACUAG